GAGGGGGUCCGUCUCGCCCCUGCCGUGUCCCCUGUCUCGGCUCGGCAGACGCCAUGUUGGUUUGAGCCGAAGAUGACAGGGGGCGGCUGCGGGCGAGGAUCGCGCUGAGGACUGGCACCUCCGUCUCGCAGCGGGGCGAGGCAGCGCGGCCAGCGCGGUUUGCGGGGGAGGGGGGGCGCCCCUGCCGCGCCGCCGAGGGCGCCCGGAGCCGCCGGAGGACGAGGCGGGGGAAGGAGGGCGGGCUGAGGAGGAGGAGGCGGCGGCGAUGCGAGCGGAGACCUGAGGCUGCGGGAGGCGGCCGCCGUUGAACGCCCCCCGGCCCCCGCCGAGUGCUGUCGCCGCCGGAGCGCCGCGGGGGAGGACUUCCCCCUCCGGCCGCCCCUCAGGCAGCCUUCCCCGGCCCGUCUCCCCGCCAGACCCUGUUGAAUGUCGCACACCGCCUAGGGAGGGCCGAAGCCCGGCGUCCUCCCCAACGGCCCCCGGUCCACCUCGGCCUUCCCGCCUCCCUGCCCUGCCGAGGGCAGGAGCGAGGUCCUGUCUGCCUGCCUGCCCUCCCGGGUCGCCUGCGCUGACUGAGGAGGUGACUUGGACGCACCAUUAUCCCGUGAAUCAUCCCGUCGUCAUUUGUCAAGGCUGGGAGAGAAGGAAGAGGGAGAGGGGGGAAAAAGCCCGCACGCAGCUCAUGUGGCGGUGUAGUCCUGCCUGGUCUACCUGGCACCGCUGGUGCUGCUGCUGCCGCCGCCGCUGCUGACAGGGAUCUGCUGCCAUCUCUGGUCUCCCGCUGGCUCCUCCGGUACAGCCCCGGCACCGCUUGCCCCUGGAUAUUUCUCCUUCUCAGCCGGCCGCCGUCCCCGCUGCACAUCGGGCACUUCUUUUUCGUAGGGGACGUGGAAGUUGCUGCCUCCGACAUUGACACCGAUUUUGCUUCUUGAAGAUCUCCGGCGGGUUGUUCUUGGUGGUUUGGGGGUUUUUUGCCUUUUUUUUCCUUUUCCUUUUAAGUUGAUUUUAAGCCAUUUAGGGUAACGUCAAGAUGUCCAGCAGCGUUCCAGCUGAUAUGAUAAAUUUGCGCCUCAUCUUGGUAAGCGGGAAAACGAAAGAGUUCCUAUUUUCACCAAAUGAUUCUGCUGCAGAUAUUGCAAAACAUGUGUAUGACAACUGGCCGAUGGAUUGGGAGGAAGAACAAGUCAGCAGUCCAAAUAUCUUGCGGCUUAUUUAUCAAGGGAGGUUUCUUCAUGGCAAUGUGACAUUAGGAGCAUUAAAACUUCCUUUUGGCAAAACAACAGUGAUGCAUUUGGUGGCUAGAGAGACAUUGCCAGAGCCAAACUCUCAAGGUCAAAGGAACCGUGAAAAAACUGGAGAAAGCAAUUGCUGUGUAAUCCUGUAAACCCUGUUAGCUUUACCUGCUAAGUGUGAUGUAAUAUAGUCUUUGUCUUUCAUGCUGCUGGAAUAGAAGAGGCCCUACCUUGCUUCAAACACCUGUAGGAAGAGCCUGUCUGUAAAUCCAUGGAACUGAAAUAUUACAUGAACACUGUCUCAUUAGUCUUUUCUUUUUUUUUUGUAAGAGAAAGAUCUAUGAACACUUUCAUUUUAAUUUUUUUAAAUUCCUGCUUUUUGUUUGUUGAAUAAUCUUACAGUACAUCAGUUCUUGAAAGAAUUAAAUCUCCAGAAAAGUUAAUGUGUUCUUUUCCAUAGCAGGAACCAUUUUGCUACCACAAAAAUCUCCAUUAACCGGAUUUAACCAGUCAAGCUUUCUAGAUGCAAUUUGCACUAAAUAUGGUUGACAGUAUAUUUCUCAUCAACAAUCUCUAACAAUAUUUGAGAUACCUAGUAGUAACCUACAAUGUAUAAUGCAACACUGGAAAAUAAUAUAUCUAUAAUUAAAACAAAUCUCACUUAUGGCCAAAUCAAAGUAAAAACUGUUAAGUCAAUUCUACCUAAGUCAGCCUUGGUGGCCGAACUGGCACAGAAUACUAACUAAACCAAGUCUAACUAUGUAUAUUUUCACUGCAACAAACAAAAAAAAAACUAUGUGCCUGUAAUUUAAAAGCACUCUGUAGAGGGCUGAUGAAACUGAUUUUUUUCGUUACUGCAUGCACUCUGAUCUCGUACGUUAGUUGAGUGCUUAUUCAGACAGCACAAACAAGUGCAGAGAGUGCAUUUCCUAGCCUUAAUAUGGGAGGGGUAAUUCCCUGUAGUUCAUAGGCUUUUAUUAUUGUGCAUAAAUGUUAGAAAACAUCAUUUACUAAUCAAUUUUAUGUAUUUGAAUAUUGGCAAUUGGUGUUUUUCAGUCAUUUUCUCAUCUGUACUUUAGUGUCCAGUGUCAUGCUUACUCAUUAGAGACUUCAAAAGAAUUAUUAAAGUUUAAAAAGCAAAAAGAAAAACCUCUGCCAUAGUACUAGUUUUGUUUCUUUACAUAAUCUGCAUUUGGUAUUAGUGCUUGCAAUUGUAUUAAAAUCAGAAGCCGAUUUUUGAAGGCAUACAUAAUUAAAAAGGAUGCCAUUCUUUUUUUUCAUAUCAAUAAUUUAAACAUUGAUAUGCUGAAGAAAUUUGCACAGCACUAAAGCAUGAGCUAGUUUCAUCUAAACCUGUAAAAAAUAAAAAUAAAUAAAAAUAAAAAAUAUAAAAGAUUUUAUAUUUUUUCACUGGGGAGGAAUUCUUCCUGGGUGAAAUUACAAAUACAUGUAGAAUAUAUUUAAUAAAAAUCUUAUAAAAUACAUAACUAUAGAAGUUAAAUAUAGAUUGGCGUGUAGUAUAAUAGAACAAUAUUCCAUAUAAAUAGCUUUAGCCUUUAAAAAUAUGAGUCACAGGUUGACAUUGUGUUCUGUACUUAAGUGUCCACAACUCUUACAGAUGUUCUGUGUAAUCGUUUUUUCGAAUGAUUGGCAUCAUUCAAAUGUAAUCAGGUUAUUUUAUUCAUUGUUACUGCUUUGAUGAAAUGCUUUAUAUGCAGUAGAUUUACAAAAAUAUUGUUCAUACUGAUCAGAAUUAAAUUUGUAUAGAGCAGAGUUUUAAAACAAAUUGUAAAUAGCACUAAACAUUUUCUUUCUGCAACCUGUACUGAUAGACUCUUCUGUAAACUAAAUAAAAGAAUAUUGUAGUG